AUGUAUAAAGUUGCUGCAUCUCGAGUCUUUCAUCGUCAAUUCUCUACUACUCAAAUUAAACAAGUCAAUUAUGGUUUUAUUGGGUUAGGUCAAAUGGGUCAACAUAUGGCUAGACAUAUCUAUAAUAAAUUAACCCCACAAGAUACUUUAUAUGUUAAUGAUACUUUACCAUCAAGUUCAAAAGCAUUCAUUGAAAAUGUUACUUCCAUAAACCCCGCUAAUUCAACUCAAUUACAUUCAUUACCUACUAUUUCAAGCUUUGUAACUGAUGUACAUGAACCAUUGGAUUUCAUUAUAACUAUGGUUCCAGAAGGUAAACAUGUUAAAGCCAUUGUUGAAGAAUUGGUUCAACAAUAUCAAGCAACAGGUAAAGAUAAAUCAUCCACCAUUACCACUUUUAUUGAUUCAUCCACUAUUGAUAUUCCAACUUCAAGUGAAGUUCAUGAAUUUGUUAAAAAGGAAAUUCCAAAUUUUGAUUUCAUUGAUGCUCCUGUAUCGGGGGGUGUGGCAGGUGCAAGAAAGGCAACUUUAUCAUUUAUGCUUUCAAGACCAACCAAAGAAUCAAUUGAUCCAAAAUUAACUGAAUUAAUUAAUAAAAUGGGGGCUAAUAUCUUCCCUUGUGGUUCAAAACAUGGUACAGGUUUAGCCGCAAAAUUAUCUAAUAAUUACUUAUUAGCAGUAACUAAUUUAGCAGUAGCUGAUUCCUUCCAAUUAGCUAAAUCAUUUGGAUUGAAUUUAAAAGAUUAUGCUAAAUUAGUUUCGGUUUCAACUGGUAAAUGUUGGGCUGCAGUUGAUAAUUGUCCAAUCCCAGGAGUUUAUCCAGAAAAUAAUAUUCCAUCUGAAGUUGGAUAUGAAGGUGGCUUUGUUACUAAAUUAACUAGAAAAGAUUUAGUGUUAGCAACUGCUUGUGCUGAAUAUGCUGAUAGAUUCUUAUAUUUAGGUGAAGUUAGUAAACAUUGGUAUGAUAAAGCUUGUGAAAGAGAUGAUUUGGCUAAUAGAGAUUUGGCUGUUUUAUUUGAAUGGUUAGGUGAAUUAGAAAAAGACAAAGAAGGUAAUAUCGUCGAAGUAAGACAAAAGUAA